AUGACAGUCGUAGUGCACUGCUUGCAGACUUGGAGGCACUACUUAUUUGGUUCUCAGUUUGUGGUCAAGACUGACAAUGUUGCCACAAGCUACUUUCAGUCCCAACAAAAGUUGUCACCCAAGCAGGCUAGGUGGCAUGACUUCUUGGUGGAGUUCAACUACAAAGUGGAGUAUAAGUACUGGAAGAUGAAUGUCGUUACCAAUGCCUUAAGCAGGAAGGCUACACUAGCAGCUGUUGUACAACCCUAA